CAGUAGUGUGGACCCCAAUUUUAAACACUGGGAUUGUCCCUUUAAGCUUACAUAGUAGUGAAACCUUUCAUGCUUCCAGUGGUCAGUUCCAGUUCGUUUGUAAGUUGUGGGCGUUUAGGGGCGGAGUUUGCUACUGCGCAUCCUGCGAGGUACUACGCUGUUAGAUAACCGAUUAAUCAUAAAAGAAAAAGCCCAAUACGCAAUGAUUUAUUCAUGAUGGAGGAGGGGAGAGGGAAGUAAGGGGUCGCAGAGAAUAGACUCAUAGAUAAUCCAGAAAUUGUAUUUGGAGGUCGAACGACGUAACACAAGCUGCACAUACCUGAAAUCAGUUAUAUAACAACGGAGAUGUCAUCAUAUUGUCGACCCAGUCUGCAAAGCAAGGGGCCAGGAAAUGACCAGGAGGAGGAAUCUGAACCGACUAUGACUGAACCGAAGCAACUACGUCAGAAGCAUAAGAAGGAGCUGGAGAAGAGGAUGUUGGGAGAGGAUUCUGAUGAAGAUGAUGAUUACCAGGAGGAAAAAAGGAGGGAGAGGAGAAGUACUACGAGCAAAACUGCUGACACAGGCUGUUCCUGGGGAAUGGUGGAAGAUGCUGAGGAGGAGGAAGAAUGUGAAGAAAACCCUUUUGCUGUGGAUUACCAGCAAGAAAGAGAAGCAUUGUAUAUUAAGGAUCCUAAGAAGGCACUUCAAGGUUUCUUUGAAAGAGAAGGAGAGGAACUAGAGUAUGAAUAUGAAGAUCAAGGCCACAGUACUUGGUUAUGUAGGGUCAGGUUGCCUGUUGAUGAUACAUCUGGUAGGCAGCUGGUAGCAGAGGCAACACAUUCUGGAAAGAAGAAAGAAGCACUGAUAGAGUGCGCACUGGAAGCUUGCAGGAUUCUGGAUGCCAAGGGCUUGCUGCGCCAGGAAGCUGUUUCUCGAAAGCGAAAAGCAAAGAACUGGGAAGAGGAGGACUUCUAUGACAGUGAUGAUGAUGCAUUCCUUGACCGCACUGGCUCUGUAGAAAAAAAGCGUCUGAACAGAAUGAAGAAAGCUGGGAAGAUUGAUGAGAAACCAGAGACCUAUGAAUCUCUGUUAACUAAACUGAGUGCAGUUGAGAAGGAAUUGACUGAAAUUGAAGACAAAUUGUUGUCUGCAAAGAAAGGUUCAAGCCAGUCUUCUGAAGAUCCACUUGAUGCCUUCAUGACCGAAAUAAGGUCAGGAGGAGUGUUGGACAGUGUUGCACGGAAGAAGCUGCAUUUGCAGUCUUUUGAGCUGAAGAAAGAAGAACAGAGGUUGAAGAAAUUGAUCAAAAUAGUCAGGCCUACAUCUCUACCUAUCUUAAAAUCGCAGAAUGGAUCAUCACCUGCAGCUGAGACCAAGCCUAAAAAGUAUGUGUUGCCAAUGUUUGGAGCCAUGAAAGGGGGAAGCAAGUUUAAAUUAAAAACUGGAACUGUUGGGAAGCCACCUCACAAACGUCCAGACUUACCGGAAAAAUUGUUCCAGUUUAAAGAUGAAGGACCAGAGGUAGAAGAAGAUGAGGAAGAUGAAUCUGCAGCAGCUAGUAGCAAAGACAAACGGAGUAUUCCUGAACCAGCCCAGGCAAAUGCAGAAGUGUUCCAGCAGGAUAUUGACAUGCCUCAUUCACUUGGUGGAGCAAACUGCUACAAUAACAACAAAAGUAAGUUGAAGCAAAAGGAGUGUGCAUUUGAUGUGGCAACAUGGUACAUACUGGUUCUGAGGAAGUCAUACUAUUUGAUGAAAGCGCUUAACCUGUGUUUUUUGUGUGUUGUUACUUUUAUGUGUUGCCCACCAGACAGCAAUUUUGAUAUUGGGAUUGAUAUAUUCAUUGCUAUCGGGAUUGAUACCGAUGUAACAGGAAUUUUUGGUGGUGUCUCUGGUUUGGGCUCACACUCAGUGAUGGGUGAACUAGGUUGGCGUGCUGACGAUUUGGUUAAUCAGCAUAAGUUGGCCUUCUCUAAACUUAACAAGGAGAUGAAGAGUUUGGGAAACAGUGUGUGGAACUUGCGCUUUUUCAAGGCAUAUCAACAGAAACAGAUAUCCCCAUGCCGGUUGAGGGUAAAGAUUCAGCCACUUGUUCCUCAGAUCAGUCAGUUACUAUUAGAUGACUGGCUUGCAAUGCAACAGCACGCUUCAGUGGGUUUUGUUAAUGCAUUAGUUGAAUAUUAUGAGAGAACUAUACAACAACAGGUUUCUGUUCUGGAUGAAUUGAGCAAAGGGGUACAGGAAUUUCAGACUCUUCCAUGUUAUAAUGUUAGUCUGAACCAACUAAGUAAGGAUUUGUUAGAGUUGGAAAACAUCUUGAAAGAGAAAAAGAAAUUUCAGAGAGAUGUUGAUGAUUUUGAUAGGGGGGACCCUUUGACAUACGGCGAACAAAAUCAGGCUGAUAAUAGACCUUUUAGAUUUUGGGAUUCCACGUUUAAGCCACCCAUGUCUCCGGUGGUUUCACUUUUCCAGGGCAGUGUGCUCACCGAUUUAUAUCGAAAUUUAGGUAAGGAUUACUUAAGUAGGGAUAAUGUUACUCGGGCUGAAAGAAUUUGCAUAGAUGAGCUUAGAUCAAACAAAGAUAUUGUUAUUUCAUCUGCGGACAAGGGAGGAGCUAUAGUGGUCCAAGAUUGGACACAAUAUAAUGAUGAGGCACAGAGUCAAAUUGUGGAUCAAAAUUAUUAUAAGAUAAUGCCUGUAGAUCCCACAGCCAAGUUUAAGGUUGAGAUUGAUGCCUUUUUGGACUUGGUUGAAGAAGAUGCAGCCUCUGAAUAUUUUGAUUGCUUAUUUGAUUUAUUUUUAACAUUUUUGCUUGUAAUAAUUUCAGGACUUGGAAGUACAAACUCAGUUGAAGAGAUUACUGAGAAAAAAAUGAAAAUGUAUGGCCCCAGCAAACCUCCUGCACAGGUGCUUUCAUCUCAGUAUCCAGAAAGUGAUCCUGAUUAUUGUGUGUGGGUGCCACCAACAGGUAAUAAUUGUUAUAGUAGCUUUUUGAGCUAA